AUGGGAGAACCAGACAACUGGGUGCCCGUACAGGAAGGCCCUGCUUUUCAGCCGCGUAAACUCAAGGUUGUUUGCAUAGGCGCUGGGUACGCAGGGCUGAUGCUCUCGUAUCAGUACAAGCAUGGAGACACGCCUUUGGAGCAAUUUAUGGAUCUGAAGAUCUAUGAGAAGAAUGAUAAUAUCGGGGGAACUUGGCUGGUUAAUAAAUAUCCCGGGGUUGCGUGCGACGUUCCCGCACAUAUCUACACAUUCCCCUUUGAGCCGAAUCCCUCUUGGAGCCAGUUCUAUGCCACAGGUCCAGAAAUAUGGAGAUAUAUCAAAAAUACAUCCGAUAAGUAUAAGUUGGACGAGCCUGUCAUACUAAAUACUGAAGUUGUGUCCUCAGUUUGGGACGAUGACACCGGCAAGUGGCGCCUCGAAAUCAAACAGGGUCAUAGUCAUGAUAUCAUCCAGGAGGAAGCAGAUAUCGUCAUCAACGCCACUGGGUUCCUCAGCAAAUGGACCUGGCCUACGAUACCUGGACUGGAUAAGUUCAAAGGGAAAAUGGUCCACACCGCUGCCUGGGAUACAAGUCUGGACUGGUCCGGCAAGAGAGUCGCCAUCAUCGGAAACGGCUCUUCCGCUGUUCAAGUCCUUCCACAAAUGCAACCUACAGCAGCCAAGAUCGUCAACUAUGCGCGCAGCCCGCUUUGGAUCAGUAGCGCAUUCGCCUCAGAGUUUACACCUGAGGGCAAGAACUUUACAUACACCGAUCAAGAGAUCCAAGCAUUCAAGGACGAUGAGGGCAUGUUAUUUAAGCUCCGUCAUAGUAUCGAGCAUUCCUUCAACAAAUUCUUCAAGGUCUCUCUUAAGGAUAGUCCAGAGCAGAAACAGGCUUUCCAGUUCUUCAAGGCAAAAAUGGAGGAAGCACUCAACCACGACCCCGUUCUGUGUGCCAAACUUAUCCCGACAUUUCAAGUCGGUUGUCGCCGACUCUCUCCCGGUGAAAACUAUCUUCAAGCACUACAGCAAGACAACGUCACCCUCCAAGAUGAGGCUAUCCAGGAGAUUGUUGAGACUGGGAUCCGCAGCCUAACAAAGACGGAAGAGUUUGAUAUAAUUGUCUGCGCGACAGGCUUCGAUGUCAGCUUUAUUCCGGGAUGGAAAGUUGUAGGCCAGAAUGGGAUUUCACUUGCUGAGCAGUGGAAAGAUGCCCCAGAGGCCUACUUUGGGGUAUUUGCUGCCAACAUGCCAAAUUUGUUGACUGUCAACGGACCAAACACUCCUUUAGCACAUGGAAGCUUACUGGCCGUGAUGUCGUUCACGGUGGACUACAUCGCAAGAUGGAUCCGGAAAAUAUCGACACAGAAUAUCAAGUCAGUCCAAGUCCGUCAGGAUGCGUUGGAUGACUUCAAUACCUACGCCCAAGAAUUGAUCAAGGGGACUGUUUGGACGGGCGACUGCAGGUCCUGGUUCAAAAAGGGAAAGGCAGACGGUAGGGUGACGGCUAUGUACCCUGGUAGUGUCAUUCACUACAAGGAGAUUCUUGAUGAGUUUAGAACUGAGGACUUCGAGUAUAAGUACAUCAGCGGGAACAGGUUCCGGUUCAUGGGCAAUGGAAUGACCUUUAGGGAGAAGAACGACGAGGACUUGGCAUGGUAUAUGCGGAAAUAG